AUGGCGGAGCAGCCAAUGGUUGUUCAGGGGCUGUUUCUACUUGCCAAAGCCGAGCACCUGGCCCAGCUCGUGCUUUGCGAAACCAUAAUCCAAGCCCCAGUCAAGGAGCUUAAUUCCGUUGCUUCUGAACUGGCAGCUCGGCAGGAGGAAAGCGAGCAUUCUCAUAAACAUUUAAUUGAACUCAGCCGGGAAUUUAAGAAAAAUGUACCUGAGGAGGUCUGCGAUAUGGUGGCUCCUGUCUUAAAAAGUUUCCAAGCGGAGGUGGUUGCUCUUAGUAAAAGAAGCAAGGAAGCAGAGGCGGCGUUCCUGAGUGUUUACAAGCAAUUAAUCGAAGCGCCAGAUCCUGUUCCUGUGCUCGAGGCGGCACGGAGCCGCGAGGACUGGCGCCAGCAGCUGCACUGCCUCGGCCCCGAGAGCCCGCCGCUGAAGGAGCUGAACAGGCUGUGGCGGAGGAGCGCCGAGCACCCGGGCCCGAAAGAGCACAGAGAGGGGGCGCCUCUGGCGGGGCUCGCGGCCGCGGAGGGGGCGAGGCUCGCCGGCGUGCGGAGCAGAGUGCUGCUCACGGACUCCCUGCUGCAGAGAAAUGAUGCCGAGAAGCAAAAGGGCCUGCAGGAAGCACAGAUCACUUUGGCGGCUCGCCUGGGGGAGGCAGAGGAGAAGAUCCGCGUGCUGCACUCAGCACUGAAGGCCACACAGACGGAGCUGGUCGACUUGAGGUGUAAAUAUGACGAAGAGGCUGCUUCCAAGACGGAUGAAGUGGCCAUGAUUAUGACGAACCUCGAGAAAGCCAACCAGAGAGCAGAGGCAGCCCAGAGGGAGGUCGAGAGCCUGCGGGAGCAGCUUGCCUCGGUGAACAGCUCCUUGCGCCUCGCCUGCUGCUCCCCCCAAGGACCCAGUGGGGACAAAGUGAACUACUCCUUGUGCCCGGGGCCACGGCUUGAGGCGGCUCUCGCUGCCAAGGACCGGGAAAUCCUUCGGCUUCUCAAAGAAAUCCAGCACUUGCAAAACUCUAUGCAGGAAAUGGAGGAGUCAUCAGCCAACCAGAUCGCGGACUUGGAACGGCAGCUGGCUGCCAAGAAUGAGGCCAUCGACAAACUGGAAGAAAAGCUACGCGCGCAAUCGGAUUACGAGGAGAUCAAGACAGAACUGAGCAUCUUAAAAGCGAUGAAGCUGGCUUCCGCUAACUGUAGUCUGCCCCAGAGUAUAUCAAAACCCACUGAUGCAUUGCUUCUGGGAAAGGACUCUUUCUUCUCAUCUCAGAAAUACCUUACGGAAAAACCCAGCCUCGUACCCAGUACUGAGGAGGAACCCUCGGAGGACGAAUCAGGGAAGGAUUCCAUGGGCACAGACCAGUCCUACCCUUCCCCACAGCAGCUCUCACACACGCCUAGGGAAGAGUCCACCUCCUCAUCUCUCAUCCAGCCCCUGCUGGGCCCCACCAUGGCCCAGGACGUACCAAGGACUUUCUCGCUGUCCCCCUUCCCCAGCUUGAGCGCUGCCGAACGGAUACCAUUAGACUCCCUCCUCCCCAAGCAGAUGGGGCCCCCCGCGUACAAGAGCGAGGCGUUCCCCCCCACCUUCUACGCCGCCAAAGGGGCCGGGUUAUCAGGCAAUCCUGGCCAGGCUGCCGCCGCCAACGAGGUGAGCCCGCCAAGCGACCAGUCGGAGGGCAGCAGCUCCGGCUCGGCGGAAGAGGAGAAGCUGGACACGGCCGAGAUCGCCUUCCAAGUGAAAGAGCAGCUCCUGAAGCACAACAUUGGCCAGCGCGUCUUCGGCCAUUACGUCCUGGGCCUUUCUCAGGGCUCCGUCAGCGAGAUCCUGGCUCGGCCGAAGCCUUGGCGCAAGCUCACGGUCAAGGGGAAAGAGCCGUUUAUCAAGAUGAAGCAGUUCCUCUCCGACGAGCAGAACGUCUUAGCUCUGCGGACGAUUCAGGUGCGCCAGAGAGGCAGCAUCACGCCGAGGAUCCGGACGCCAGAAACCGGCUCCGACGACGCCAUCAAGAGCAUCCUGGAGCAAGCCAAGAAAGAGAUUGAGUCCCAGAAAGGAGGGGACACCAAGAGCUCCACGGUGACCCAGGCGGUCACCAACGGCACCGGCACCAGCAACUCGGAAGAUGCCAUCAAGAGCAUCCUGGAGCAGGCCCGCCGGGAGAUGCAAGCGCAGCAGCAGGCCCUGAUGGAGAUCGAGUCGGGCAGCAGUGCUGGCCGGCCCGCCGCCACGGCGCCCGCAGAGCGCUCCACCUUGGCCACCGUCAGCCAGAACAUCGUCCAGGCCUACAUCAAGCAGGAGGAAGGGAUGCUGGGCCCGAGCCCCGGCACCAGCGCAGCCCCGCCCCCCCUGACCGUGCUUUCUCCGGCCGCCUUCGUGCAGAGCAUCAUCCGGAAGGUCAAGUCCGAGAUCGGGGAUGCCAGCUCCUACUUCGACCAGCACUGGGCCUCGGAGAGGAGCCUGCUCAGCCGCCCGUACACCUCGGUGUCGCCCUCGCUCUCCUCCUCCUCCAGCUACUCCAGCAUGGCCAACGGCCGCUUGUGGCCGCGGGGGGAGCCCGGCGACCCCGCGCUGAACGAGGAGGACCUCCCCACCUCCGAGGACGAGCCCCACCGGGCGCCGGAGGUCAAGCCGGAGGUGGCUGGCGCUGAGGCCCAGCCCGCGGGGCGCCUCUCGUACUACCCGUCCUACGUGCCAAGGACUCUCAAGCCCACUGUCCCGCCCCUGACGCCGGAGCAGUACGAGAUGUACAUGUACAGGGAAGUGGACACCAUGGAGCUGACGCGGCAGGUCAAGGAGAAGCUGGCCAAGAACGGGAUCUGCCAGCGCAUUUUUGGGGAGAAGGUGCUGGGCCUGUCGCAAGGGAGCGUGAGCGACAUGCUGUCCAGGCCCAAGCCGUGGAGCAAGCUGACACAGAAGGGGCGCGAGCCGUUCAUCCGGAUGCAGCUCUGGCUCACGGACCAGCUGGGCCACGGCAUCGCCCCCCAGGCGGGCGCCCCGCAUGCCAGUCCGGGGGAGGCCCAGUCUUCCCCUUCCCCGCCCCCCAGCCCCUCAGAGCAAGAGAAGAGCCCCCCGGAGCCCCUGAGCCUGGCUCUGGAGAGCAGCAAAGAGAACCAGCAGCCGGAAAGCAGGCCCAGCUCCUCGCUCAGUGGGAAGCUGUGUCCCAGCAAUGGGCAGGCACCCGUGGGCAUUCAGGAGAUCGUGGCCAUGUCGCCGGAGCUGGACACGUACUCCAUCACGAAGAAGGUCAAGGAGGUGCUCACCGACAACAACCUCGGCCAGCGGCUCUUCGGCGAGAGCAUCCUGGGUCUGACCCAGGGCUCCGUCUCAGAUCUUCUUUCCAGGCCGAAGCCCUGGCACAAGCUGAGCCUCAAAGGGAGGGAGCCCUUUGUCCGCAUGCAGCUCUGGCUGAACGAUCCGCACAAUGUGGACAAGCUCCGGGACAUGAAGAAGCUGGAGAAGAAAGCCUACCUGAAGCGUCGCUAUGGGCUGAUCAACACCGGCUCAGACAGCGAGUCCCCCAACGCUCACUCCGAAUGCCCAAGCCCUGGCCUCCAGUCCCAGGACCUCGGCCUCCUACAGAUCAAGAAGCCGAGGGUCGUCUUGGCUCCCGAAGAGAAGGAGGCCCUGAAAAGGGCUUAUCAGCUGGAGCCGUACCCGUCUCAGCAGACCAUCGAGCUGCUUUCCUUCCAGCUGAACCUCAAGACCAACACCGUGAUCAACUGGUUCCAUAACUACAGGUCCCGGAUGCGCCGGGAGAUGCUGGUGGAAGGGGCGCAGGACGACACCGACCCCGAGCAGAGUGCGACGCCCGCCGGCAGCGGGCUCAAGGACCCACAGCCGCUCCAGAGUCCCGACUCGGAGGGGGAAGACCGGAAGCCCACCUUCCGAGAUGCCGGGUGCCAAGGCGGAGGAGGGUCUCCUGUCAGGAUCAAGGAGGAGCAGCUGGAGGCGGGUGAGGAGCAUGCGCCUCACAGGGACCCUGCUGGCCCGGACGGGGAGGCCGACGCUCCGCCGGGGCCCGGCCUCAAGGAAGAGCAGGUGGAGACCACCUGUGCCACCAGCCCACCCGAGGCGCCCAGCCUCACCUGGGGCACAGCCCCCCAUAGCAAAACACACCUGUCCGGGGCUCCUGAAUACUCCUCUUUGCAUCACCCCAUGGACUCGGAGAGUGGCGAGCGGCCCCACCCCGACCCCACCAGCUUUAAGUCCACGUCCGAGUCUUCCCGGUGCAGCUUGGAGGUCUCCCUGAACUCCCCAUCCGCAGCCUCGUCUCCGGGCCUCAUGAUGUCCGUCUCUCCCGUUCCCUCCUCCUCGGCCCCCAUCUCCCCGUUGCCCGUGAGCAGCGCCCCUGCCCACGUGCAGAGCUUGAGUCCUCCCACAGAAACUGUCGCUCUGCCCCCCAGUGCCAAACUGAGUACAAACAUUCAGCGACGGCAUGAGAAGAUGGCCAACCUGAACAGUAUCAUCCACAGGCUGGAGAGAGCGGCCAACCGAGAAGAGCCCCUGGAGUGGGAAUUCUGAGGGGCCAAGCAGAGCAUACAGCCGCCCAGAUUGUCUUGCCCAGGUUCUAAGCUCCGUGGAACAUGCGGAAGAAGCAGGGA